AUGGCCUUCUACGACCAACUUGCUCUUCAGCAGCAACAGCAUCAGCAACUUCCACCACUUCCACAACACCCAUCAUUUCAACAGCAGCAACAGCAACUUCUCCAGACCGCGUACAAUAGCAAUGAUAUGCGUACCUCUCUUUGGAUGGGUGAACUAGAGCCUUGGAUGGACGAGAACUGGAUCCGUGGCGCAUGGUACAGUGCUGGAGAGCAGGUCUCGGUUAAGAUGAUUCGGGACAAGUACACAGGUGCUAGUGCCGGUUACUGCUUCGUUGAGCUGUCUAGCCCUGCUGCGGCAGCCAAGGCUAUCAGCAAUCUGAACGGGGUGCUGAUCCCCGGGACCAACAAGCCCUUCAAGUUAAACUGGGCAACUGGCGGUGGCGUCGCGUCCAAUGGUCCCGGUGCAGGGCAGGAGUUUUCUGUAUUUGUGGGUGACCUGUCUCCUGAGGUCACAGAGUUUAUGCUGGCGUCAAAGUUCCAGGAACGCUAUGUGUCUUGUAGAUCAGCCAAGAUCAUGACGGAUGCCACAACAGGAAUCUCAAGAGGCUAUGGGUUUGUCAGGUUUGGAGAUGAAAGUGAGCAACUCCGUGCAUUGCAUGAGAUGCAGGGAGUGUACUGCGGAAGUCGCCCGAUCAGGAUUUCCACUGCGACACCCAAGAACAAAAUACCAUCAGGUGGUGUGGGGGGCAUGGGGGCAGGAAACAUGGGCCCUGUUGGCGGUAUGGCCGGCAUAGCCGGUAUGGGUGGUAUGAAUCCCAAUAUGGCUAUGUCGCCUGCAAACUAUGGCUUCAACUCACCUCUACAGCCAAACAGCCCUCAGCACCCUGCUAAUCAAUUUAAUGACCCCAACAACACCACAGUUUUUGUUGGGGGUCUUUCAGGUGUUAGCCAUGAGGAUGAGCUCAGAAGUUGCUUCGCUAUGUUUGGGGAGAUUACCUAUGUCAAAAUCCCUCCAGGCAAGGGAUGUGGGUUUGUUCAGUUCGUUCAUAGACAGAGUGCAGAAAUGGCUAUUAGUCAGAUGAAUGGCUAUCAGAUUGGUAAUUCACGCGUCCGCCUGUCCUGGGGACGUGCCCAAAGCGAGAACAAGCAGCCAAUGUCGCCUCAUGGGCCGCCAAUGAUUGGCAGCCCAGGGUAUCGAUCGCCCAUCCAUAACCAGUUUUCAGGAAUGCCGUUGAACAACCGCGCGUCUGCCCCCUAUGGCACGUUUCCUGGUAUGAUGGCUAGUACACCACCCAUGCUUGGCAUGAUGCAGACGCCACCACCACGUGACCUUAUGGAGCAUGCUCCAUCUGAGCACCAGAAUCGUGGCUUUGGUGAUAGAAAGGAGAGCAUCAUGGACCGCAUAGACGAUGGCGCUACGUGGCGAGGCUCUGGUGCAAUCUAUGCUUAA